AUGCUGUCUGCAAUUCAAGCAGCAUGCUUCACUAUGUCCAGUAUUGCCGAUUUGCACACAUCAAUGUUUGCAGAAGGUUUUAGCAACAAUGAAUGCCAAGCAGCCACUAGAGCUUUUUUGAGGUAUGACACACACAUCAACGGGACUCACUAUCAGAUUAGGGAACUUGGUGGCCUUCACUUGUCAUACAUUGGCUUCAAUGCUACUGCUAAACAAAUGGACAAGAGGACACUCAGCCAUGAUGCGCUAGUCGAGGCGGUGCUACAGAACAUGUUUGAUGCACUAACUAUACAAGACUGCCUGGAUGGUGGAAUUUCAGUUCUUGUUCAAUAUGCUGGUUUUGAAGCAACUGCAACCAUAUCACCUGAACAACUCCCUAUUAAUGUCUACAUCACACCUUGUAAACUCUAUGAAUUACCUGAGUGA